AUGAGCCACGCCUUUCAGCGCCGAAAUGACCCUCUCAACGUGGCGACGUCACGCCGUUCUGCCCUUUCCCUCACUCUGUGCUUCAAGAAGGCUUCCGGCAAGGCGCAACAGCCGCUGCUCAAAGGUUCCGGAAGUAGAAGCAGUAAACCCAAGAUGGAUUCUUGGAUUUCACCACAGCAUCCUCAACCACAGGGGAGAAAUAUACCCCAAAAGGAAGGGCAGGGCAGAGGGCCAUGGGGGGGAGUCUCCCAUGGACCUCCUCCUCAUUCCAGGCACCAAAAUGAGAGGUUCUACCAUCAGUACCAUGAUCCCCAGGCAGGGCCUCCACCUUGGCCAGAUGCCAGAAUGGAGUACUACUACCCGACCUAUCACCCACAGCUCCAGGAUUACGGGAGACUGAACUCCAGGGCAGAGUAUUACGAAAACAGUUAUCUCAACAGGCCAUACUCAAGGCAAGGUUAUGAAGAUCAGUAUUGGAGCCCUGUAGAAGAUUAUUCCUAUGGAGAUUAUCCGAGAUACCCCCAAGCACUGCAGGUUGACAGAGAUCCAAGGCAGAGAAAUACCUAUGGUGAACGUGCAGAUCAUUGGAAUCCGGGUUAUUAUAGAGAUUACCAUCAGGAGGAAAGCAGUGGAAUUGUCAGGAAUAACGACACAACACCAGUUCGAUCUAAGAAGCAGGAGUCCUACGAAGACAGGUAUGGUGGACAGGAAGACAACUCCUAUGAUAUCAGUUAUGGCCCUCCUGUGCAACGAGGAUGGAUUCCGAAUGAAUUGCAAGGGAGCUUCCCGGAGAAUCUUGGUGCUCCAGUACAUGAGGUUCCAGUGCUUGAAGAACCAAGCCUGCUUCAGCAGUACAAAGACUCUGGCCUCAGUUCCAGCACUUAUGAGCUAAGCCAGUACAUCUAUGAGGCUUCCAAUCCAUAUGAAGCCGCUCCCUCCAAGGAUUGGAGUCCUGUUCAAACAGGAAAAGAUAUACUGGCACCCCAGAAGUUUCCCUUGCCCCAUGUACCUGUCUGCUUUGGACCUGGAGGGCACCUGGUCCGAGGAUGUCCUAAUUACCCUGCAGAAGGACAACCUGCCCUUGUUGAAAUACACAGCCUGGAGGUUAUUUUACACGACACUGCUGAGCAGGAGGCGAUGCAAGUCUUCCCAGGACCUUUGAUCAGGGAGGACUUGCACAAGGUGGACGUGAUGACGUUUUGUCAACGCAAAGCAGCCGCAGGCUGUGACUUGGCAUCUAACCGGGGCCGAGAUGCCGCCUUGCUUUGGAAACUCCUUCUGCUUCUGUGCCGCCAGAAUGGGUCCAUGGUGGGGUCCGACAUAGCAGAACUGCUGAUGCAAGACUGCAGGCACCGGGAGAAGUAUAAAAGACAAGAGCCAGUAGCCAAUCUGAUCAACCUGACGGAAGAGGAGUGGCCAGUGCAGGUCUGUGGGACCCCAGACCUUCUCACAGGAGAGAUAGUACCAAGUGCUGGCACACCAAAGCAAAAUGUGGAGAAGUUCACCAAGCUCCUCUUCUAUGGGAGAAAAAAAGAAGCGCUGGAUUGGGCCAUGAGGAACCAGCUGUGGGGCCAUGCUCUCUUUCUAUCCAGCAAAAUGGACAUGAGGACCUACAGCUGGGUCUUGAGCGGGUUUACCAGCACUUUGGCCUCCAAUGACCCUCUGCAGACACUUUUCCAGCUCAUGUCUGGAAGGAUCCCCCAGGCGUCUCUGUGCUGUGGGGAUGACAAAUGGGGAGACUGGAGGCCUCACCUGGCCGUCAUCCUGUCCAAUCAGGUGGGAGAUGCUGAGCUGAACCACAGAGCUGUUGUUACCAUGGGAGACACAUUGGCUGGGAAGGGGUUAACGGAGGCAGCUCACUUCUGCUACUUGAUGGGGAACAUCCCUUUUGGCCAUUUUGGAGUUAAAACCCACCACCACAUGGUAUUGCUGGGCAGUAGCCAGAGCCAGGCCCUUGCCCAGUUCGUAAGGUUGGAGGAUAUCCACAGGACCGAGAUCUUUGAAUACUGCCAGCUGCUGGGGAACCCCAAAGCUUUCAUUCCCUCUUUUCAGGUGUACAAACUUAUUUAUGCCACUCGCCUUGUGGACUACGGCCUCACUGCUCAGGCCUUGCAUUAUUGCGAAGGGGCUGGGAUGGCGCUCCUUGCCCAGAACGGGAACACCAACCCGGUUCUCCUAGAGCAAGUUAUCAAGCUGGCAGAGCGGCUGAAACUGUCAGACCCACGGCUGCUGGACAGGCCCGAACAAGAUGGCCCUUUAGAUCCUGAUUGGCUCAUACAGCUCCGAGCCCUACAUCAGCAGAGCAAGAAGGAAGAAAGUCUUCCUGGUGCUAAUUCCACCCAGCCGGAGCUUGUAAGAAACAGCGGAUCAAUACCAGGUAUGGCUCCCCAUUCUGAGCAUGUACAGAAUCAAGGUUGUUUGGAGGACCUCGGACAACAUCCGUUUAAUCACCUGCCACCCGUGCAAUCAACUCAGCACCAGCCAGGUUUGGACCAGAGACUGCAUUUCCAUCCUGGAUCUGACUGCCCUGUAAAUACAACUGUUGCCAGUAUGGAGAAUUAUCUGCCAGGGAUUAGCCAAGGUUCCUUUUCUUCUCCAGGAGGACUUCUAGAUGACGUCUCCUCUCAUAUGCACCAGCCAUCAGGGGGUGAUCAGGAAUCUGCUGGAGUGUACCACGCUGGUGAUGAACUAAACUUAAUGGAAAAUCAGAACACACGAAAUACCCGGAACAGGACUGUCUCUCAGAGUUCAACCAUAUCUAUGGUGGAGGAUAUCUCACAAUUCUCAGAAGAUACAGUGGAGGAAGCCAUUUCAGAGAAACCAGAAGCCGAGGAUGCUGGGCAAGAGCAAGCAAAGGCCUCUGGUUUUGGCUGGUUCCGGUGGUUCCGAUCCAAGCCUAACAAGGAUGCAGAACCCUCACAGAAGGCCCCAACCACUCCUUUGGACUUGGCUGCUCCAGAUUCCCAGGAGAAAGCAACUCUACCACCACCUUCUCUUCCUCCCAUGGGUGAGAUCAGGCCAUCACUUCCUCCUCCUCCUCUUCCUCGUCUACCUCAUGCUGAUGAUAACCCUUUUUCCCUAAGCAUUCUGGGUAAUCCUAGAACCAAAAUCCCACUAGACUUUGGAAGCAAAGAAGGGGCCCUAUUUCCAGGUGUUAGAAACCAGGAUACGUCCUCUGAACCUCAUCCUGACCCUGCUGGUAGGCCUUUAACCCCAAAGGGAGGAACAGUCCCACUUUUCAAUCCUUCUCAGGUCACCACGGCAGCGGUCUCUGGCGCUGUCUAUCCGUGGCAGAGUUUUCAGCGCCACUACCCACCUUAUCCUCAAUGA